AUGGAGGCUACUUUGAAGGGCUCCUACGACGACAACAAAAGGGCCGGCGCGGCCGCCACUUUCGCCGUCAAAGCCGGCGACGUUAAGGUCGGUGCUUCCGUAACAACGUUCGUACACUGUCCAAGUUUAACCGGCUUUGUUCUCUCCGUCCACAAACCCGACUCUUUCGUUGUCGAUUACAACGUUCCCAAGAAGAACUUUGGGUUUAAGUUUAUGAAGACGGUGAGGGUUGGGGAGAGACCCUUGAAUUUGACGUACGAACACAGCAGGAGCGAGAACAAGACCGUUUUGGACGGAACCUUUGAGUUCGCUCCUGCGAACAAGGUCUCUGUUAAUUACGCCUUUGACUCGAGAAUCUGCAAGUUGAAGUACACUUAUGUUCAUAAGGGGUUGACAACGUUUGAACCUUCCUAUGACGUGGCUAAGAACACGUGGGACUUUUCCGUUUCGAGGAGGGUCUUCGGUGAUGACACGUUGAAGGCCUCGUACCAGACAUUCAGCAAGGUUUUGGGCCUUGAAUGGGCACGGGAUUCCAAACACAAUGGUUGCUUCAAGAUUGCAGCAUCUCUAGAAUUGGAUGAGGAAUUAAAAGCUCCCAAACUUAGUGUUGAAACCACUUGGAAUUUGGAAAUGUAGUUGCUUCUAAUAUGUUA